CAUUCACACACACAUACACUGCAGCUCCUAGUGGUCAACAGCAGCUCGUGGGAACCACGAAGCUCGAGCCCGGGAAGGAGGUUCCGGAGAGCACGUGAACGCGCACGCACGCGAAGACGAGAGCCCCACGUUGAAUAAGAAGUUAAAGAAGUGCUUCUUCAAACCGUCCCAUCCAGAGAAAAGGGGCUCUAUAUUAUUACCGACCACCGCUUCCAAAGUGGAUUACUGUCUUUUGGCUUCAGUGAAACGCGCUCCUCCGUUGUAGCCGAGCACCCGGCGGUGUUGGUGGUCCUGGUGUUGGUCUGGAGGAGGAGGAGGAGGCUGAAGGCCAGCCACCCCGCUGCAGGCAUGAGUCAAGCGGACGCGGGCCAGAGGGUCUUCCAGGAGGCGCUGCGCAAGGGCGACACGGAGGGCCUGCGCUCGCUGCUGCAGGGCAUGAGCAGCUGCGAGUUCAACGUGAACUCGUUCGGGCCCGAGGGCCAGACGGCGCUUCACCAGUCCGUCAUCGACGGCAACCUCGAGCUCGUCAAGCUGCUCGUCAAGUUCGGCGCCGACGUGCGUCUGGCCAACCGCGACGGCUGGAGCGCGCUACACAUCGCAGCCUUCGGCGGCCACCAGGACAUCGCGCUCUACCUCAUCACGAGGGCCAAGUACUCGUCCAGCGCGCUCUGACUGCUCGGGUGCUCGGACUCCACCGGUGUGCCAAAGUGAGAGCUUGGGAGGGACGGCUGCUUGGUUUUUGUUGGUGUGCUCAAGAAGAGGACUGAAGCAGCGCCACGCAACAGAGAUCGAGUGCACAUUUAGAAAGCGUUGGGUUGGUACAAUGUUAAAUAAGGGCCAUCAAUCAAAUGAGUCUAUUCUUUUCAGUGUCAGAAGAUGGCCAACAAUCUAUUUGGGUCUGUAUCAUUCAUGUAAUCAGUGCGUGGUUGAAGAAAACCUUCUAAAAAUAACACUUCAAAAAAUAGCCAACAGUCUGUAGGGUCCUCAAUGUUGAUCACCCAAAACUCCCGUCUAAAUAUGCUGUAAUGUUGGGGUGGUGUAUCAAAAGAUGGCCAACAGUCCACAUGAUGAACAUAGUCAGUGCCCAGUUGUAGAUGGCCUUAGAUUACCUUCCAAUCAUACUGCAGAUGGUGUUGAAUUGGUACAGUGCAAAAACGAUAGCUAGCAGUCAACAGUCUAUAACAAGAUUUUGUUCUGAACAUACUGCAGAUAUUGUUGGGUGGUACAGUGUCAAAAGAUGGCCAACAAUCAAAUGACCCUAUUUCUUUUCCUUUUCUUUUUUUUUUGGAGAAUGCCCAAGAUUGCAUUCUGAACAUACUGCAGAUAGGGGUGAUACAGUGUCAAAAGAUUGGCAACAGUCUAUAGUAUGAACAUUCUCCAUGAUUGUUGGCUGCCCUAGAUUACCUUCCAGAAAUAUCGCAGAUGGUGUUGAAUUGGUACAUUGUCAAAAGAUGGCCAACGCUCCACUGAAUCUGUAUUAUUCAUGUAAUCAGUGCAUAGUUCAGUGCAUACUGCAGAUUGUUCAGUGUCAAUAGAUUGCCAAGAGUCUAUAGGGUCUAUAUCAUAGAUUGCCUAAGACUCCCUUCUGAAAGUGCUGCAUUGUUGGGGUGGUCUAUCAAAAGAUGGCCAACAGUCCAUAUGAUAAACAUAGUCAGUUAUCCCUAGAUUACCUUCUAAACAUACUGCAGAUAGAGUUAAAUUGGUACAAUAUCAAAAGAUCCUAGCAAAGAGCCAGCGGUGGCACACUGUCAAAAAAUGGCCAACAACCUAUAUUAUAUAACAUGCAUAAUUGUGGACUGCCUUAGAUUAAAGUCUAAACAUUCCACAGAUAGUCAUAAAUUGGUACAGUGUCAAAAAUGCAAACAAUCCAUAGAGUCUUAUUAACAUAAUUAUCACAUGGUUGAUUGUCCAAUAUUACUUUCUAAAAAUACUGCAAAUAGUGUUGGCUUGAAACAACGUCAAAAGAUUGACAAAAGUCUACAGGGUCCAGACUGUAGCGUGGCCAAGACUUCUGAAUAUGCUGCAGUUUCAGGUAGCACGUUAAAAGAUGGCCAACAGUCCAUGGGGUCUGUAUUGUAUAGUAUGUUCAGAAGACCCUAAAUGACCUUCUGAACAUACUACAGAGAGUGUUGGCUUAAUAUAAGAUUGAAAAAUGGCUAACAAUCCAUAUGGUCUGUAUCGUAGUUUGUCUAAGAUGACCUUGUGACCAUACAGCAGGGAAGGUUGGGUUUGCUAUAAUGUCAAAAGAGCCAGCGACCCACAAAGUUUGUAUUCUGAACAUAAUCAGUGAGUGUAUGGUUGAGAUUGUACAAGAUUCCUCUGUGAAUAUACUCUCUCUGAGGACAGAUACACUGAGGUAGCUGGAGUGAUGUAUAAAUAUACAGAAUCUCUGUACAUUUGUGUUCUUUUUCCCAAGGCAGGAACUGUUAUGAGAUGACUUUAUGAUGCAUUCAUCAUGAUGACUUUGCCAGGAUGCUUACCUCAAGGUUGGUGUGAAAGCAUUCACACGGUCAAAAAUCAGGAUCUCCAGCUGUAUAUGCAUUCGUUCCAGACCUUUUGAAGAGCUGUGCGCUGCAAAUGGAUGUUUGAAGUGGAAACAUAAGCUUGUAAAAACACCAUCAGUUAGCCAGUUACCACUUUGCCUGCCACAUUUUUAUGUGAACAACUUUAUUGUCUUUUAAAAAGAAUGUAAAAACAAUCCCUUUCUUAGCAAAUUUGAACGCCUCAUAUUAGGCCAACUGGGAAUGUGGGUCACACUUUUAGACAAGGAAUGGCUGGUUUUUGCAAGGCCAUGCCAGCCACCAUUAUUCUUUUAAGCUCUAGUCAUUUUAAAUUUCAGGCUGCUCACUCAAAAUCACAUUAGUUUCAACUUUCAGAAGUUGAGCAAAUUUACAGAAUUGUGAUUACUACAAAUGUCUGUACAUUGCACAGCAUAUUGAAGAACAUAGGCCUGUAUUCCCCCAGUUUCAUUGCCAAUGCUGGAAAGCUGUGGUCAAAGUGGAAAAGGUUGUGAUCGAACACUGACGAAGUAUCAUUCAAAUCCAGUGUAGAAAUAUGCAUCAUUUAUACUUGAGAAUGUUUUAAAUAUUGCACUGAUGGCUGUUUUAUGAAUAGUUGGUGUCAAACCAACUUUUAAAGAUACUAUUUUUUCUAAAUGGAAAAAAAUAUCAUAUUGUAUGGAAGCUCCAUGGUAGGUUAGUCUUCUCUCACUUUCUGCAAAGGCAUCUAAAUGUCUGUAAAUGUUGACUUUAGAAAUUUGUAAAGCGCUUUACUUGAUGUUCCUCCAUGCACAAUGUUGUCACAAACACUGUUGUCACAGACAAGUAUAAGAAGUUGUUUUUAAUAUUCAAGCGACAGUGACUGAAAAACGUUGCUGAUUCUUUUCAUGGGUGAACAUUCAAGUAAAAUGUUCGGAAAAUCUUGGAGCACUUCCUCAUAGAAGUCCCAUCCUCCUCUUUUUAAGGGGGAUGUUACAUGGUAAAAACGGUGUAACAAGCGGUUACACAGUGCACAAGUCUUUACUUGAUAAUGCCAUAACAUUUAUGACAUGAGAGUAAAAAUACCUUCUUUGGUUGAGAUAAAUGUCAAAUGACUGUGAUUUUAUUGGACCAACUUUUGAAAUAUUAUUUUCUUCAAAGAGAAGUUCAGAAAAGAGACCAAACCACUGGUCUCUCGUUGUCAUGCUUUUGUGAAUUGUUGAUAUGUUGUUGUGUUUUUUAUAUUUGUUUAGCAGGUCUUUUGUAAUGUUUUAAAUGUUAUAAGUGGUCAUAUUUUGAAAGAUAUUA